ACUGGUGGUGAGGCGCUGUGUUAGCUGUUAGCAUGUUGGUAGCUCCAGGUUGAGUUGACGUUACUACGAACGUGUUUUCAUUUUUCUAACUUCUGACACGCUCCUCUAGUUUAUAUGAUGCAAAGGAUUCAAAGUCAAAUAAGGUUUCUAAGGAGUCUUACUUUUGUUAUUUUGACAUUAACUCUGUCUCUGAUUAUCUUUAUGCUUCGUACUUCGUGUAGAUCUUACAUUUAACCCGUAAUUAUCUUUAAAAAAGCCUGAAGUUUGACUCGUUCAAACCUGCAGAAACCUCGGAUAAAGCUGCUCCGGCCAACGUUCACUAGUGAAAUGUUUUGUCGUCGUAUCAAAGGUCGGAGUCGCUGGUGGAGAGGAGGAGGGCCACAGAUUUAUUUUUAGAGUCAGACUUCCACGAGCCGUGAGAAGGAGGCGAACAGCUGCCGAGUGUGGAGGCAUUUAUAGCUGCUGCUGCUGAGCAGGAGACCUGCAGGCUGUCCGGUGACAGAUGCCUUCGCCAUGAUGCUGAGCUUCAGCGCGCUGGUCGUCGCCCUCCUGCUGUCCCCGGCCAGAAGCUUCCUGGGCCCCUCGGAGGAUGACGACGGCGGCGGCGGCGUCCCCGAGGAGUGGGUGCUGCUCCACGUGGUUCAGGGCCACAUCGGGGCCGGCAACUACAGCUACCUGCGCCUCAACCACGACGGGAGGAUCAUCCUGCACAUGCAGAGCCUCAAGGGCGACGCCGACCUGUACGUGUCCGACAGGACCCUGCACCCGAGCUUCGACACCUACAGGCUGCAGUCGGUCACCUGCGGCCCCGACGUGGUGGUGGUGCCGGGGGACUUCGCUCGGCCCGUGGGCAUCGGCAUCUACGGCCACCCGUCGCACCAGGAGAGCGAGUUCGAGAUGCGGGUGUUCUACGACCAGACCGUGCUCCAGGACCCGUUCGACAGGGGCUCGUACGACUCGGACGGACAACGCGCCGAAAAGAAAUCCUCUCAGGCGGGAGAGGAGGACUUUCAGGAGGAGGAGUCGAUCUUUUGGACUAUUCUGAUUGGACUUUUGAAAAUCAUUCUGGAGAUAGUGUUUUGAAAAUUGGUUUACGUUCCGUGGCUACUGUGACCGUAGGUGGUGGUGGGGGGGGGGGGGUUCUGGUUUUGGCCAGUGAAUAGUAGUAUUUGUUUUCAUUGCGUGAGGAGAAGAGAGUACGAAUCAGAUUUUUUAAAAAGUUGGGGUGGAUCACUGUGAAGAUAUCACCAGGGAAGCCUGAUCAUUCAUAAAAAACCUGUGUCACUGAGAGGAAACGAAUCAAUCCGGCUCUUUUUUUCCUAUUUUGAAUUGUGGUUUAACCAAAAGGUCGAGACUGGACCAGAUGUGGGUCUUAAAUUAUAGAUUUGGAUUUUAUCAUGCAACACGAAGAAGGUUGAUCGGUGAAAAUCAUCCCUCCUCAAACUGAUUUGUGAAAUGAUCCCGUUAAAGAUGAUUUGUGUUCAUUUGGACGGACGUGCUCUAAAUUUAUCCAACCUUCAGCUUCUCAUAAAACUCAAAUCGUUUAACAGAUUCCAGAUGAUGCGUCCCACUCUUCACACGUUCUACGUGGGUUAAAAUGUCCAAACUAGCCAAGCAACACAGUCACGGUCAUUCGUUUUCAGAUGAGGAUCUGGUUUAUCGCGGGACGUAAAGGAAGGUCGACGGUUUAAAGUUGAAAAGACGCCAAAGCAGGUCGUUCAGUUUGAGUUGCUUUUAUUUGCGGUUCUUCAUUAGAGACGUUUCUCCAGCUUGAGAGCAUCUGGUUUAUGAAGGGAUUCACUAACACACUGUCAACAUGAGUAGCAACAUUUGAUUUGGUCACUUCUUUUUUUUUUUUUUUUUUUUUUAAUCCGCCUGUUGGACACGCUCCUGAUUUCGACAUCACCUCCAGCGCUGGAGCUCAGUUAUGAGUAAACUUGUGACCACUGAGCAGAAAUGUUCAACAGUGCCUUCACAUCAGUCCUCGGGACGACUGAGCAACUUGUGAGUCAGGUUUGAAAAAUAAAAAAAAACAUUAUUUUCCA